AUGUUACAAAAUGAACAGUACUAUAAAAAAGUUACUGUUGAGUAUAUCAAAAAGUCUUAUAGGCUUAUUGAUACAGUAAUUGAAGAAUGGAUGUAUGAAAAAAGAAUUUCCAAUAAAACAGCUGACUUUUUUCAAAUAAGUAAUUCUGCCAUUAGUAAAAUCUUUGGUUUACCUAAAGUACAUAAAGAGUUAGAAAAACCACCGCUUAGACCAAUUGUGGCCAGCGGUGGAAGUAAAAUGGAAACCAUGGCUAUAUAUGUUGAUCAAAAAUUGAAAAAGGUGAUUCUACACUAUGUAAGAAAUGUUCGCUUUAAAAGUCAAACAGACAAUGAAUUUUUCUUUGAUUCAAAUGGUGACCCUCCUGCUCUUUAUGAUGUAAUAUCAUUGUUUGUUGCUGAAGAUGGGACAUUUGAAAAUUUCAAAAUAGGACGUUUUGAUUCUUCAAAGCCUCUGGGAAGUGAUGUCAGUAUCAAUAUCAGUGCUAUUACAUGGAACAGUGACAGUCAAAAGAUCCCAGUCUCAGUCUGCAGUGAAAACUGUCUAAUGGGGCAUCGUAGAGCCAGUAUGACUGGACAACCCAUCUGUUGCUUUAUCUGUAUUCCAUGUGCUGAAGGGGAAAUUACCAAUACAAGCGAUUCAACAGAAUGCUUGAAAUGCCCAGACAAGGAUUGGCCCAAUGAAAACCAGGAUCACUGCAUUCCAAAAAGUAUUGAAUUCCUUUCCUAUGAAGACCCAUUGGGAGCAGCAUUAGCCAGCAUGAGUGUAUUUUCUGCACUGGUCUCUGUUUCACUUUUCAUCAUCUUUUACAAACAUAAUGACACUCCUAUUGUCCGAGCAAAUAACCAUACUUUAAGCUAUCUUCUUCUUUUGUCACUGAUGGUUUGUUCUCUCUGCUCAUUAGUAUUUAUUGGCCAGCCAAACAAAAUUAAUUGUCUGCUUAGUCAAACAAUCUUUGGCAUUAGCUUUGUACUGUGCCUGUCUUGUAUCCUUGCAAAAACUAUAAUGGUUGUUAUUGCUUUUAGGUCAACUAAACUAAAUAGCAAAUUAACCAAGUAUGUAGGGCCUGUAAUACCAAACACUGUAGCAUUCAUUCUCACCUUCAUUCAGCUCACACUGUCUUCUUUGUGGUUAGCAAUAUCUCCCCCAUUCCCUGAGGAGAACAUGAAAUCACAAAUGGGAACGAUAAUCCUCGAGUGCAAUGAAGGGUCAGUAACUGCUUUUUGGUGCAUGCUGGGAUACCUUGGCUUGCUUGCCAUUGUUAGUUUUAUAGUAGCCUUUCUGUCUCGGAACUUGCCAAACAGCUUUAAUGAGGCUCGGUACAUAUCGUUUAGCAUUGCGGUGUUUGUAAGUGUCUGGUUAUCCUUCAUCCCUGCCUAUCUCAGCACAAAAGGAAAGUACAUGGUGGCUGUUGAGAUAUUUGCCAUUUUGUCCUCUAGCAUGGGUGUGUUACUUUGUAUUUUUUUACCUAAAUGUUACAUUAUUGUAUUUCAUCCUGAAAUGAAUACAAGGCAAUACAUUAUAGGGAAACAUUCAUCCCAGGGAAGAUAA